CCCCUUUAUGACUGCCCCAAUUGGAGUGGAGCUGUGAUGCUGUAGGAGAGAUUCCGAGUAGAGGAGGAAAGAAUAGCGGCGCACUAAGUGUGUAUUUCUUAUAGAAAAAUUGGGUGUUUGCAGAGUUGCAUGGUUAAGACGUUCUAACAAACUGCAGUGUACCGAGGCUGCCACUGUCCAUAAAGACAUGUCUGUGAAUUACUGAAGGUGCACGGCUUGUUACUGUGUGUCAUCGCUUUGUGUGGUGGAAGAUGCUGGGUCGCGGGCUUCAGUUGUGGAAUCCACCGGCGGGUGCAGUAGCUAACCGGAUGACGGACAAGUUGCUUAGUUUCACAAGCUCUAUGUGCAGCGGACGACAGCUGGCUUGUAGUUCGAGUUCCGCUCGGUCCAGGUCGACUUCAUCCGUGCCAAGUUACUCUGAGCUGGCAAGAGAGCGAUCUAAAACGGUCACUUCAUUUUAUAACCAGUCUAGCAUUGACGUGGCUGCGGAAAAGCCUUCAGUUCGACUUACUCCCACCACAAUGCUGUACUCGGGGAAGUCCUUGGAUGGGAAUCACAUCUUGAACAGUAGCAGGUACCUCCAUAAGGAGCUGCCCGUCCGCAUUGCUCAUCGAAUCAGAGGAUUCAGAAGUUUGCCGUUUAUAAUAGGUUGUAAUCCCACAAUCCUCCAGGUGCAUGAACUGUACAUUCGGGCAUUCCACAUGCUAAGUGAAUUUCCUUCGAUCACUGAUUUGGAAAUGGAGGAGAGAUAUUGUAAAAUGAUUCGCCAGCUGUUGGAAGACCACAGGGAUGUAGUGACCAUGCUUGCAGAGGGGUUUAGAGAAUGCCGUAAGCACAUUCAGGAUGAAGCACUGGUCAGGAAUUUUCUUGACCAUACACUGACUUCUCGUCUAGGGAUUCGAAUGCUAGCAACACACCAUUUGAAUCUUCACGAAAAUAAUCCUGACUUUGUUGGCAUUAUUUGUACACGUCUGUCACCAAAGAAGAUUGUCGAGAAGUGGAUAGAUUUUGCCAGGCGGCUGUGUGAGCAUCAGUAUGGAAAUGCCCCACGGGUUCGGAUCAAUGGCCAUGUUGCUGCUAAAUUUCCAUUCAUCCCAAUGCCAUUAGAUUAUAUUCUUCCAGAGCUACUGAAAAAUGCUAUGAGAGCUACCAUGGAAAGCCACUUGGAAACACUUUACAAUGUGCCGGAUAUAGUUGUGACUAUUUCUAAUAAUGAUAUUGAUUUCAUCAUCAGAAUUUCUGAUCGUGGAGGAGGAGUCCCACAUAACAUUUUGGAUAAAGUAAUGGAUUAUCACUUCACCACUGCAGAAGAAAGCAAUCAAGAUCCCAGGCUGAACUCUUUGCUGGGCAGUAUAAGUAAUAGUGGCCCUCAGUCUGGACCUAUGCAUGGAUUUGGCUUUGGAUUGCCAACCUCAAGAGCCUAUGCUCACUACUUGGGUGGACAGCUGACCAUUCAGUCUAUGCAGGGAAUUGGAACAGAUGUUUACCUCCGUUUAAAGCAUAUUGAUGGAAAAGAAGAAAGUUUCCGAAUCUGAGUGCCAAACCAUUUUAUUGCACAUGCCCAAGUCACUGGCAGUUUAGACCGUGAUGAAAGAUUUAAUGAAAUCGAAUGCUACACGAAUAAGGUGCUCAAUUCCUUGACGUGGAAUAGUAAUGUCUGAUAAUGAAAUCAUUAAGCUAAUAAAUGACUUGCAGGUGCCUUUGUUAUUCCAUUUCAAGCCCGAACUGUCUACUCGAUUGCGUAACUGUGGUAUAUACAAUGAUGUGCAUUUCAUUUCAAAACUUUUGUUGUCAUUUCCAUCUGUGUAUGGAAGAUCAACAGGAUCCAGGAAGUCUGUUUUUAUGACUUUUGAGUCCUUACAGAGAAGGCUGGUGUAGACUGUGAACUUUGUGUGUUUGCCGGUUCUUUCAGGAAUUUGAUCUAUUUGCUAGCUGUGACAGCAAACAAGUUUUGGGUUCUGAACUGCAAAAUGAUUGCAACGUCAACUUCCUCUUCCUUCUGAGAGACAACAGAAUUCAUGGAUAUGGCUCAUUUUUGUCUGACUUUUGUGAAAGUGGAGUUUAUGGAGUACCUCUUAGUUCUUAAGGGAGGAAGCAACACACUCAGAAGUGCUAGGUACAGCAAAGCCUUAACAGACGCUACAAGAUUUCUUUGCUUCCUUAACUCUUGAUGGCAAAGCAGAUGCCAUAUAAAAUGUGCUGUGCUUGGACUGUUGCACAUUUUGUUCUGUGGCAUGUGGUACAUUUUUUUUUAUAAAAGCCCAAAUACAUUAUGCUGCACAGUACAAAUAAUUUUGUUUUUGAGAUUAAAAAAAAUAUAUAUAUGUAUAGAUACAGUAAGGAGUGGGUGCCACAGGAAUUGCACUUCAUUUCUUAAAAAAAGGUAUUUUUCUGUAACUGUGCUACAGUAGUCACAUUUCUAUUGUUAAUGUGAUUAUAAGCAAACAUAAUUAGGUAAAUGUUAUUAAAAAUACCACUCAGAAAUUGGUAAAGGAAAAGGCUGUGAAAAAACGUUCAGUGUUGUGUUACAGAAAUUAAAUGCACAUAUCUGCCACAGCACUGUAACACUGUUGUGGUCAUUUAUUUUUGUGUGCAAUACAAAUGUAUUUUUUUCCAGGAAGGAUAUGAGUUGACAGUUCAGGAACUGUAGAAAUUGGGGGAUUAUUUAGUAGGAACUAAAUUAGAUACUGUUUUUUUUUUAUUUUUCUAAUGACAUAAUUGCAUCUUAAUGAAAUACUUCCUUAAUACAGUUGAUUUGAUUGUAAAACACUAAGAAUGUUAUCAAAAUACAUAAAUAUCAAACA